CCGCAGCGCUGUCGCUCAGGCUCAGUUCCUACAUCCGGCGCGUUCCUCCCUUUCCUGUGAGGCGUGAGCAGAACGAAGCAGGAACGUGGACGCAGGGUUUCCAGUUUUCAUCGUGAAGACACCUCUACUGCAAAGAUGGUCAAUGUACCUAAAACCCGAAGGACUUUCUGUAAGAAGUGUGGAAAGCAUCAGCCUCACAAAGUGACCCAGUAUAAGAAGGGCAAAGAUUCCCUGUAUGCCCAGGGAAAGAGGCGCUAUGAUCGGAAGCAGAGUGGCUAUGGUGGGCAAACAAAGCCAAUUUUCCGGAAGAAGGCUAAAACCACAAAGAAGAUCGUACUGAGGCUUGAAUGUGUUGAGCCCAACUGCAGGUCCAAGAGGAUGCUGGCCAUUAAGAGAUGCAAGCAUUUUGAACUCGGAGGAGAUAAGAAGAGAAAGGGCCAAGUGAUCCAGUUCUAAGCUUUGGGAAUCUUUUGUUCUUCUAUUUUUGAGGGCAAAAUGUUGAAGUUAUAGAAAAAUUGCCUGUAUGAGAAUAAAUACAGUGAUAUUCUUACUCAAAUCUU